UUGUCCAGCCCAAUCACUGAGGCAGCAGCUAAUGUCAUCGUGAGCCUAUGGUGUAAGCUAGCACUGCUGAUAGCCACUGUGUGCGACCUUUCAAGCUACAUCAUCUGUCUUCCACCGGCUGGAGCUCUCACUCCUCGACUCAUCGCCCGUGUGUAACUCCAAAACAUGGCGGCCCUCAAAGCUUUGUGCAGAGCGGAUCAUUUAUUCUUCAAAAACCUCUCAGGUCCCUGCAGAACCAGAUUAAAUUUCGCUAAUCUCCAAUUAAGCAAGACCUGUGGUUGUUACUUCUCUACUUCUAGCCAAAGAAGGUCAAAGUUCUACAAAGAUUCUUCAGAGGCAGUCAAAGAUAUCCCAAAUGGAGCUACUAUUCUUGUCGGAGGCUUUGGAUUGUGUGGCAUCCCAGAGAAUCUGAUCAACAGUUUACUGAAGACCGGAGUUAACGGUCUCACUGCAGUUAGCAACAAUGCAGGGAUCAACCCUACCUCCUUUGCAACCCUGCCUUCACCCACACUCACUGCCUGCCUGGAGGAGAUACAGGCGUGGAUGAAGCAAAACUUCCUGAAACUCAACAGCUCCAAGACCGAAGCCAUUAUAGUUGGCACCCCACACCAGGUUCGGUCAUCCACCAUCACCACCAUCACCUUCUCCGGCCAGGACAUUACCCUCUCCUCAACAGUCACCAACCUGGGUGUGAAAAUGGACGCCCAUCCCACCUUUGAGGCUCACAUUAAACAGCUGUGCAAGAACUCCUUUUAUCACCUCAGGAACAUCGCCAAACUCCGCCCCACACUCACUCUGUCUGAUGCCGAAAAGCUAGUCCACGCCUUUGUCUCCUCCAGGCUGGACUACUGCAAUGCACUCCUCAUCAGGAUCCCUAACAAAAGCAUCCAGAGGCUCCAAUACAUUCAGAACAGCGCUGCUAGGAUCCUGAUGAGGUGUAUCCAUGGAACUGCCCCUCCCUACCUUAAGGAACUCCUCACCCCCCAUACCUCCUUGCGGACCACCCGCUCCAGCAACUCCAACCUCCUCAAACCCCCCAGGACUAAGCUCCGUACUAUGGGAGACCGGGCCUUCUGCUCAGCUGCCCCCAUGCUCUUUCCCCUCAGGAAAACGGCCAGGAACUUCAAUCAACCAAUGUGCAAGGCAGCCAAAAUCACCAUAGUUGAGGUGGAGGAGGUGGUGGAUGUUGGGACCUUUGCUGAAGAGGACAUCCACAUACCUAGCAUCUAUGUCCACAGGGUGGUCCACGGAACCGGCUACGAGAAAAGGAUUGAGAAACGCACAGUACAGAAAAGUCAAGACGAGAAGCCCAAACCAAAGAAGGACUCCGACAUUGUUCGGGAAAGGAUCAUUCGACGGGCUGCACUGGAGUUCGAGGAUGGAAUGUAUGCAAACCUUGGUAUUGGUAUCCCCAUGCUGGCCAGCAACUUUAUAAAACCAGACAUCACAGUGAACCUUCAAAGUGAAAAUGGGAUUUUGGGACUGGGCCCAUAUCCCACUGAGGACGCCGUGGAUGCAGACCUGAUUAAUGCCGGGAAGGAGACGGUCACCGUGCUGCCAGGGGCCGCGUAUUUCUCCAGUGAUGAGUCAUUUGCCAUGAUCCGAGGGGGUCACAUCAACCUGACAAUGCUGGGAGCCAUGCAGGUGUCAAAACAUGGAGACCUAGCCAACUGGAUGAUCCCAGGUAAAAUGGUGAAGGGUAUGGGAGGAGCCAUGGAUUUGGUCGCUAGCGCUGGAACCAAGGUGGUGGUCACCAUGGAGCACUCAGCUAAGGGAGGAAAACACAAGAUAUUGGAAACAUGCAACCUGCCUUUAACAGGGAAGCAGUGUGUAGAUCGGAUCAUCACAGAAAAGGCUGUGUUUGAUGUGGAUACGACAAAAGGCCUGACUCUGAUAGAAGUAUGGGAGGGACUCACUGCUGAAGAUAUCAAAGCAUGCACUGGCACAGAUUUUGAGGUGUCUCCCAACCUGAGGUCCAUGCAGCAAAUCUAGAGGAACGUGCAAUGGAUAUGUGUUUUGGUUUGUGUGACACUCAUUUAGUUUCUCUUUGGUGACAAGAGUGUUUUAGCAGCCAGAGACAUGUCAAAUACUGUUUAAACUCAAAUGUUAGGUGCAGUUCCCUGGUAGUUAGCAUAUAAAACAUAUUUUUUGGGAACUACUUUGACCAUUAAGUUAUUAUUUUCUUUCUUUUUUACCAGUGUGUAUGUAUAGGUAUUACCAAAUAAUCCAUCUGAAUUGACAUCUGGAAUACUCUUUAUAUGCUCAGGGAGAAAAAUGAUAAUUUACCAGUGCUAUGAAUAAAAAUAUACAAAUACUUUAACAUUACUGUAGACUGUAGAUUAGAGGAUUUGCAUACACAAAAGGGAAUAUGAUUGUACUGUAUUUGUGGUAAUACACCAAGUAACAAAUUAGUCUUUGGAUUAUAUCAUCUAAUGUAAGAUAUAAUAUUAUUUAUUCUUCAUUUGAUUGACAAAGAAGAUGCAAUAAUGACAUGUGUCAUAACAAACUGUCGCAUUGUCAAACUGUUUUAUAGACUGUAUUUUAUCUGACAUAUUUCAAAGUUGGUGUGCAAUUACUUAUUUAUUUAAAAUAAAAUGUUUUUUGCUCAGCGUAACACA